UAUGUGGCCACGUGAAGGCCGCCAUUGUCAUCACAAGUCAAUGUUUUGAUGUGAGGUGAUCAGCUGUUGGUGUGUUGUUGGUCGCAAGCGGAAGAGGUGAUAACAAGAAUGUAGGUGUGGUUGGUGUGAUAGUAGCUGGACUCAACACUAUAAUGCUUCCAGCUUCUGAUAUGCUUCCCCUGCAAGAUGAAGCUGUCACUAUAGAACCGCAGUAUGAUGGUGUCAUCAUGCUGAGUCCUGAGGCUGUGCUGUUUAGUGAUGCUAAGCCCCGUCCUGAUGGUAGCAAAGUUUACCAUGUUUUUGAACGGACUCUUGGGGAACCAGCACGAGAUGAGGCAACUCAUAGUGAAGACUUUCAAUCUCGACGAGAGCAGCUUUUCUCACAGGCACAUGAAAACACACUUCAUGAUAUACAACAGGUUCUUGCAGAAAGUGGUUUGGUGAAUCAAGAAUGGUGCGAAGGCAGUGGUGUUAAUCAAGCUGUUGAUACAACUACUCUCCCAAAUGCCAAUGCUGCCACUGGCUACCAGACCGAGGAUCAAGGCUUCCUUAUCUCGGCAGGUCAAACUUUCGCACAUAAUCACCGGUCAUGUUUAACAAGACAACAACGGUUAGCACCCUGUAGGCUCCAUCAGUUUGAAAUGGUUUUUCCAAUGGAGCAGAAACGUCGCCUUCUCAAACGUUUAAGACGCAAGGGAAUGGGCUAUGUAGAAUUUGAGCCUGAAAACCACCGUAUCAACAUCAAAACUCGAAAAUCUGUAAAUACAAUUUUAUCAGUUCUUCGUGGAGUGGAUCCCAAUGCUCGACAUUUGGGAACAUAUCGUGAAACUUUAGUAGAAGAAACUGUAGGAGACCCCAAUGAGAUUAUGGAUGAUUUAUAGGAUUAGGAAAGGUGCUAGUGUGCUAGAUUGAUGUUGGCAGGUUGCACGAUUGUCAUUGCUAUUUUAUUUACAAGAAAUCCAGUACAUUUCUCAUGUUUUGUCCAAUUUCAAGACAGUUGUUCUCAUGAUGCUUAGACUGACUACAGCAUUAACUUGUGUUGAAGGAUAGCACCUUGCUCCCAUUCUGUACAGGCAGCAUGCUGAGACAUAUUGUGCAUGUCUCCUCUAUCAUGCUCUGUCUUAUAAUUGAUACUAAAGAAAUUUGUUUUUAUUCUAAAAUACAUGUAAUAUUUAAAUACGUUUUGGAUAAAAUUUUAAAAUCAGAAUAGUUUUGCGAAGAGCAUUUGGAAUGGAAUUGGUAACUAAGAUCUUGGAAAUUAUGGACAGCGUGAUAGAUAUUUAGUGUAAUGUCUCAAUGCAUGAGUUGGAGAUGUUGUGUUUUAGGUCUACUGCUGAAUGGAGAAUAACUUAACUUAUAUACAGGUCAUGAUGUUAAUGUUAUGAAUGAACAUUGUUGUCAUUUCCAUUCAAUACAGUAUGCUAAUGUAUUAAUACUAACCCUAAAGGCCAGUGUUGAAAGUUGAUUCUCAAAAGUGAUUUACAGUAUAGUCCUUGUAAAAGCACAAUUGUUAACUUUUACUAAUAAUUUAUAAUUAAUAUAUAU